UGGCCCCUCCCCCUUUUCAAUUAGUCCCUGAUGGGUGGAGUAAUGCAAUCAGGAGUAACUUCAGCUCACCAGGAGCCUCCUCUGUCAGUCUGUUCAGACUCCGCACAGGCACACACUCCUCACACAGGAAGGUGAGUGACUCUGGGUCAAAAUGACCGAGCGCUAUGACUGCCACUACUGCAAGGAGUCCCUGUUUGGGAAGAAGUACGUCCUGAGAGAGGAGAAUCCCUACUGUGUGAAAUGUUACGAGAGCCUGUACUCCAACACCUGUGAGGAGUGCAAGAAGCCCAUUGGCUGCAACUCCAGGGAUCUGUCUUACAAGGACCGUCACUGGCAUGAGGACUGUUUCAAGUGCUUCCAGUGCAAGCGCUCCUUGGUGGACAAACCCUUCUCCACCAAAGACGAGCAGCUCCUCUGCACUGAAUGCUACUCCAAUGAAUAUUCAUCCAAGUGCCAUGAGUGCAAGAAGACUAUCAUGCCAGGCUCCAGAAAGAUGGAGCACAAGGGGAACAGCUGGCAUGAGACCUGUUUCACCUGCCAGAGAUGCCAGCAGCCAAUCGGCACCAAGAGUUUCAUCCCUAAGGACAACAAUAACUUCUGCGUGCCCUGCUACGAGAAGCAGUUUGCCAUGCAGUGUGUGCACUGCAAGAAGCCUAUUACCACCGGUGGGGUGACCUACCGUGACCAGCCCUGGCAUAAGGACUGCUUCCUGUGCACCAGCUGCAAGCAGCAGUUGUCUGGCCAGAGAUUCACCUCUAGAGAUGACUUUGCGUAUUGUCUCAACUGCUUCUGUAACCUUUAUGCCAAGAAGUGUGCCUCCUGCACCACGCCCAUCAGCGGUCUUGGAGGCAGCAAGUACAUUUCCUUUGAGGAGCGCCAGUGGCACAAUGACUGCUUCAAUUGCAAGAAGUGCUCUGUGUCCUUGGUUGGACGUGGAUUCCUCACUGAAAGAGAUGAUAUCCUGUGCCCCGAGUGCGGCAAGGACAUCUAACUUUGUCUGAAGACAACGGAUACAUCGGAUCAGAUGUUAUAUCAAGAGAUGACAAAAAUACAACAUGUAUUAUCAGAUUACACAGCACAGCAUCCAUAACAUCUACACUCUCCAUUAUUACUAUGAAUGUACACUAUUGCAAUAGCGUAAAGAGACAAACUAACGGUGUUCUUUGAAUUUAAGACAUUAAUUUUAAUUUAAACAUUUACUGUUUAGAGUCAUUACUAAUAAGAAUAACGUGGCCUGAAUGUAAAGACCUGUGCUUAUGCAACUAGUAUGUUUUCAGACAUAUUGUAUGGAGCAUUAUAGAAAAAUAAAUCUAAAAUAUUUAUGCAGACUAUCCACCUUCAAGUGCAAUAACAAUGACUGCUUCCUGCAUGGGCUGGGUUGAUGCUGUAAUUAUUAGUUUAAGUUGGUUUUGUGAGUUGACUUCUACUAUAAUCCUUUAAAUAAAUGAUA